AUGGCAGAGGGAAGAGCGCUUGAGCUGCUUAUUUCCUAUCUUAAAGACAGGCCAAUGAGCCACGAGCCAGAGAAAUAUUCGGAGCUGCUUUCUAGCCUCCAGGGGCACCCUCUUAAGAGCGACAUACUUUCCAGCAUACUUAGCAACAUUGACAACACAACAGUGUUCCUGAGCAUUGCUCCAGCAUAUUUUAAGCCGGAUGGAGUGGAGGAUACGCCCAGCGUAGUGCUUAGAAUCAUAGAAAAGAGCAAAGAGCUGUGUGAUGAGACAAGGAGCAAUUACGACAUGUUUUGCAAAAUAUUAUUUAAGUGUCUAGAAAGUAAAAAGAUACAGAUUGAGAUAAAAAGCACAGUGUUCAAAAUAUUUGAAGAAGUGGAGUUUAGAACCCACUGGAUACGAAGCAAUGCCCUUGCCAUGUUGCACAACGAGCACACCGUCAACAUACUAACAGAGAUUCUUCUAUACAUCAGUGCAAUAAGAAGAUCUCGUUGUUUAGACAGCAGUACUGGCCCUGAAGAAAAUGAUAAGAGUAAAAAUGGCGCAGCAUCGUACUAUGAAGAUGAAGAUGAACAUACUCUCCCUGAUGUCUUAGAGUAUCUCCUUAAAGAGAGCGAGAUAAGCAAGAACACCACCCUGCAGAAGAACUACAGCAGCUUAAUCCUCAGAGUGUGUGAGUCAAUAAGAGAGCACGGGAUAGAAGAUACCAUUAGGCCGCUGCUGGAGAGCAUUUCAUCAGAGAUCCAGUGCAUAAGAAAUUCUGCCAUUGAGUCAGCUGUGGUGAUAUCAAAAGGCCUGAAGAAGAAGAUAGAAGAGGAAAGAAAAGGAGAAAAGGAGCUCUCCACAGUUCUGACAGCUGUAUUAGAAAGAACAGUUGAUGUAAGCCCGUUCUGCAGGGCGCGCGCUAUCCAGUCGCUCACUGAAAUACUCAGCACAAAUGGCCUCCUGGAAGGAAUAAAAGAAAAAGUGUACACAUCAGUCCACGAACGCAUUAUGGACAAAACACAGAUGGUAAGAAGAAAGGCCAUAGUGUUCUUUAAAAGAGCGCUGGAAAACCACCCGUAUGCUCUGGACGGAGGAACACUGGCUAUGCACCGCCUAGAGAAGCACAAAGAUGCGAACCCAUCGUACUAUGCAAGCGCAGUUACAUUCUACCAUGCAAUCCACCAGAGCGUGGAGAUCAUUAAACAGCUGCUAAAGGCAGGGAGCAAGGGAGAAAUAACAGAAAUAGUGCAGUACGUGUCUUUGUGCUAUUCCUACGGCAUGGACAAUGCCCUUGAGGUAUUCCCGGAUCUUUUCCUUCUUUCUUGGCAGAGAAUUGCACUUGAUGGGAAGAACACAGCAGACAUUCUGUCAGAGGAGCUCAGACGAAUGGCAGACGGAAGCCCCAAAAAGCUGAUUGAGCUCCUCCUGCACUUUGACGCGGAUACGCUAUCGUAUGAAGGGAUAAUCAGAGAGCUAUCGCUUCGAGGGAUACUGGGAAUCGAAGUGCUCAACACGAUAUUCUACAAAAUUGACCAGAAUAGCGGAAAUGUUAUAUCGUAUCUGCGCCUGUUCAGGAGAAUCACAGCAACAGAUAGGGCAGUGACAGAAAGUGCUCUGGAUAGAAUAAUGAAUAUACUGAAGACCUCCACAGAAGUGCCCAUAGUAACUGAAAUAGUACGAAUACUUGGAAACCUGGACUACAGAGUGGGAAACACAUCAGAGAUCAUCACAGCAGUGAUGCACACCCUGUCCGCAGUAGAUGAAAAUAACCUAGAACUGCUCCAGGCAGUGAUAGACACAUCCUACUUGGUGAGCACUGAUCCUGAUGCACUCGCUGUUGAAGUACUUACAGUCCUUACAGAGAAAAAACAGCUCAUUCCGCUUAUAUUCGCAGUAGGACACAUCGCCAUAAAGGAGGCUGUGCACCUGGAAAGAGUAGAGGCAGCAUGGAACCACCAGACAAAGAAAAACACGACGAAUAAAAAAAGAAAGGAAAGCAUCUCCACAACAGCCCCUGAAAUAAGAGAAAGAAGGCUGAGUGUUGGAUCGAAAAGGAACAGCAUGAAGAAUACGACAGAAGAGCAAGAAGAAAUGGCAGAUAGAAUAUUCUUUGCAAAGGAGCACGAAAUACUGUUUGGAGAGGUGUCAGCCCUCAAAGGAUGCAUGGAUGUAGUAGUGUCCGGAGUGCGCAGUGCACACCCGCUCAUUAGAAGAGUGUCUCUGCUAUCGCUUGGAAAAAUAAUGAGUGUGAGCAGCGAGUGCAAUUCUCGGUACAUGAACGAAGUUGUUGAAAUAAUGAAAACAGGCUCAGAUGAUCUAAAAAUAAUUGCGCUGGUGAUUAUAUCAGAUUCUAUCAUGGCGUUCAGCAGUUUAGUUAAGGAUGCAGGAUGUAAUCUCUUUAUUCCCCUUAGAUCAGACACCGCAGAGGUGAAGAAAACAGCGCUUGUGCUAAUACGGCACCUACUGCGCAGCGGCAUGGUAAAAGUGAAGGACAACUACUGGACCCUCUCUCUCCUGCUACUGGAAGAAGCAGAGAUUAAAAGCACAACACAAAAGCUGUUUGAAGAAGCAGCAGAAAGAGAGAGCGGAAUGAAAGUGGUGUGCGAGGUGAUUAAAUCUUAUCUAAUAGAUAGAUAUGCACAGGCAAAUAACAAAGUAUCUUACGGAACUGCAGCAGAUAAUGAUACAGCUGAUGCAGACAAUGUGAUCAAUGGCGCAGAUAACACUGAAAACACUGAAAAUAAGGGAAAUAGUUACCACACAUUAGCUGAGGUGGUUAAAGCAGUCGUAAAGAUAGCAGCUGUGAACGAUUUCAGCAGGAAGCUAAUGGACUGGGCAUCUUCAAAGAACGAUCCAGUGGUUAGUGAAAUAUGUACAUUCAUAACUGAAGAAAUAAGCAGAACAGCUACGAUACCCGCAUAA